CCCGGGCGCGGCCGCGUGGUGGCGCUGCAGGGCCGCGCAGGGAUCUGAGAGACUGAUGGAGCGUCCCACUUGGGUGCAGCAACUGGUCCGCGAGGGCGGAGGCCGCGCGCGGCUAUGUUUUCCACCAAUCGGGGGACGGUCGGAGGCUUCUUCUUGGCGGGUCGGAGUAUGGUGUGGUGGCCGAUCGGAGCCUCUCUGUUUGCCAGUAACAUUGGAAGUGGCCACUUUGUGGGGCUGGCCGGGACGGGAGCUGCUUCAGGCAUUGCCACUGGGGGCUUUGAGUGGAACGCCCUGAUCAUGGUGGUCGUGCUGGGCUGGGUGUUUGUUCCCAUUUACAUCAGGGCUGGGGUGGUGACGAUGCCAGAGUAUCUGCAGAAGCGGUUUGGAGGCAAGAGGAUCCAGAUCUACCUUUCCAUUCUGUCCCUGUUGCUCUACAUUUUUACCAAGAUCUCGGCAGACAUCUUUUCCGGAGCCAUCUUCAUCCAGCUGACCUUGGGCCUGGAUAUCUAUGUGGCCAUCAUUAUCUUAUUGGUCAUCACUGGGCUCUACACCAUCACAGGGGGCUUGGCCGCUGUGAUCUACACGGAUACCUUGCAGACUGCCAUCAUGAUGGUGGGCUCUGUGAUCCUGACUGGGUUCGCUUUUCACGAAGUAGGAGGGUACGAGGCCUUCACGGAGAAGUACAUGCGAGCCAUUCCCAGCCAGAUCUCCUACGGAAACACCUCCAUCCCACAGAAGUGCUACACCCCAAGGGAAGACGCCUUCCACAUCUUCCGAGAUGCCAUCACUGGGGACAUCCCCUGGCCCGGGCUCGUCUUUGGAAUGAGCAUCCUCACCCUUUGGUACUGGUGCACUGAUCAGGUCAUUGUGCAGCGUUGCCUGUCAGCCAAGAACUUGUCCCACGUGAAGGCCGGCUGCAUUCUGUGUGGGUACCUGAAGGUGAUGCCUAUGUUCCUCAUAGUGAUGAUGGGGAUGGUGAGCCGUAUCCUGUACACAGACAAAGUUGCCUGCGUCGUGCCCUCGGAAUGUGAGAGAUACUGUGGCACCAGGGUUGGCUGCACCAACAUUGCCUUCCCAACCUUGGUGGUGGAGCUGAUGCCCAAUGGGCUGCGGGGCCUGAUGCUGUCCGUCAUGAUGGCGUCUCUCAUGAGCUCCCUGACCUCCAUCUUCAACAGCGCCAGCACCCUCUUCACCAUGGACAUCUACACCAAGAUCCGGAAGAAAGCGUCUGAGAAGGAGCUCAUGAUCGCAGGAAGGUUGUUCAUGCUGUUCCUGAUUGGCAUCAGCAUCGCCUGGGUGCCCAUUGUGCAGUCAGCCCAGAGUGGGCAGCUCUUUGAUUACAUCCAGUCCAUCACCAGUUACUUGGGGCCGCCCAUUGCUGCUGUCUUCCUGCUUGCUAUUUUCUGGAAGAGAGUCAACGAGCCUGGAGCCUUUUGGGGGCUGGUCCUCGGAUUUCUGAUUGGGAUUUCCCGUAUGAUUACCGAGUUUGCCUAUGGAACCGGGAGCUGCAUGGAACCCAGCAACUGCCCCACGAUUAUUUGUGGUGUGCACUACUUGUACUUUGCCAUCAUCCUCUUUGUCAUUAGUAUCAUCACCGUUGUGGUUGUCUCCCUCUUCACCAAGCCCAUUCCAGAUGUGCAUCUCUAUCGUCUGUGCUGGAGCCUACGUAAUAGCAAAGAGGAGCGCAUUGACUUGGAUGCAGGAGAGGAAGACAUUCAAGAAGCUCCAGAGGAGGCCACUGACACAGAAGUUCCUAAGAAGAAGAAAGGAUUCUUCAGGCGGGCCUAUGACCUGUUUUGUGGGCUGGACCAGGAUAAGGGACCCAAGAUGACCAAGGAGGAGGAGGCUGCCAUGAAGCUGAAGCUCACAGACACCUCCGAGCACCCUCUGUGGAGGACCGUGGUGAACAUCAACGGUGUCAUCUUGCUGGCCGUGGCUGUCUUCUGCUACGCGUACUUUGCCUGAGUCCCGGCCGCUGCUGCCACUCGGCAAGGCUGGCGUGUGUACUCUCUGCCUGCCUUUCAUCCCAUGCUGCGGUGGCGAAGGGGAAUCAAUCCCUUGCAAAGUUUGCCCCAUUUGGAUAAAUGUCUAUAUGUAAAUUACAGGCUGGUUGGAGGAAAAUCGUUAGUUGGCUGUUCACUUGCGUGUUUGAAGCCAGUCUGAUCCAGUUGUGUGGGCCUAUCAGAGCUGCAGAUGGAAAAUUCUCCUUAGAUCCAGACAAAGGCAAAGAAGAAGCCCCAUGGUGUCUGAGCAAGGCCCUCGCAGGUGGAUUCCAACAGAUCAACCUCGAUGGUCGUACUUGAAUGUUAUUAUAAGUGUGUCGGUCUCCCUGGUCUUUGCCCUUUUCCAUGUAUAACCUCUUUCUCCUAUAUUUUUUAAAAGAAAACUUUCCCACCUGUCAUCAUACCUCUGUCAAGUUUCCCCAGCACAAGAAAAGUCAACCUGCUAAACGGAGGAAUGCGUGGGAGCUGUGGAUGGGAGCUUGAUGGGGUCCCUGGCCCCGUUGUUUGCUCUUUGAAAUGGUGCUGGGGGUGGAAGUCCUGAAGUCCUUAACUCAAGGGGAGACCCCCAGGAACCAGCCUCAGCCCACUCAGUGGAAAGCAGGUGCUCACGAAUGCAGGGGCUUUUCUGGUCUUCUUAACAGUGUCCAUUGCAAGUUCCCAGGGUUUGGGAUUUCAUUCAUUGUGGCCUUCCCUGGGCCUGGGCCACUCAUCCAUGUUUGCUGAUUAAAUGGAUGUCGUAGGCAUUUUUCUAUAAACAAGCACGUAAUUUUUAAGCCCAGCCUGUGGUGGACCCUUUCUUGCGGCUGCACAAGACCAGAUCUUGUGCUCUCUGGUGAAUAUAACCAAUCAGAAUGCAGGCCCCCUCUGCCUCCUGGUGCUGAGGUCAAUCCAUGAGCUUAGGAAGUGACACUGUGUCCCAGGAUAGAGCAGACGCACCUGCUGGGAGCAUCCGUCAUUUAAAGCAGCCUACACUGAAAUGAUUAGCCUGGGAUUCUCCUUCUCAUGAAUCCACAGGACCACAGCAGUUCCUUUCUGAGGUGGUCUGGUAACCACGCUUAGGGUUGGUGGAUUCUGCUCCAGACGUGUAGCCAAGAGGAGCAUAUUUCUUGCUGCAUUGUUUUCCUAGGUGGAAAUUCCUUUCAUUUCAUUUAAUGCAUUAAGUGUUUGAAUUUCACCUGGGCAAUCUUAAUAAUACAAGGGCGAUUAAAAAUGUUCAUCCGAAAAUGGAAUUGAAAGAUGUUUGUUUUUGGUGUGAAAAAUUUUUGAGGGGCUGGCAUUGUGGUGCUGUGGGUUGAGCCGCUGCUGGCAGUGCUGGCAUCUCGUGUCAAAGCACUGCUUUGAGUUCCGGCUGAUCCGCUUUGGAUCCAGCUCCCUGCUGUGCGCCUGGAAAGGCCGUGGGAGAUGGCUCAAGUGCUUGGGCCUCUGCACCCAUGUGGGAGCCCAACCAUAACUGCUGCAGCCAGCUGGGGAGUGAACCAGAUGAAAGAUCUCUCUCCCCACCCCACCCCAAGUCACUUUGCCCUUCAAAUAAGUAAAACAACAAAUCUUCAAAAAAUUUUUUUUUAAAUUCACACAUAGAUUUUUUUCCACAAGACACAUUUAUUUUUCAUGAAGACCUCUCCUUCACAUGGAUUUCAGCAUUCUUUGCUUUGAAUUAAACUUGCCUUUUAAUUCCAUUCUCCACAAACUUUUUUAGGUGACCUCAUAUUGUACCAUAAUCCCAUUGAAGUGAAGGAAAAGUCACCAUUUUCAUAUGGCUGAUUUCAGUGUACCUGGGAAAGAGCUGGGGUUCCUGGGUAUACAAAUGGCUCAGCACAUAAAGGAACGGCUUGUUCCUGUGGAAGGAAAUAACAGCACCAGUUGCAGUUGCCUUCUCAUUCCCCUGCAUCCGGGAGGGCAAGAAGCAAAAGUGGCUUAUUCCGCGGCUCGAGCAUUCCUCAGCCUUGGGUGGAGUUUGUGGUGUUCUGAGCGUUGAGAGAGUAAAGGCGAGCACUAAGUGCUGGUGCAUGGAGUAGGCAAGGUAUCUAGAUGGCCCUGGGUCCCAUUCCCGACUUUCUGAUUGCAUCUCAACUGUGGGUUUUUCUCUUUGAAGACCACUUUCUGUGGUUGUGACAAGGACACCUUGGAAAGGGGGUGAGACCCCAUCCAGAAGCUCUGUGAAGCUGCGUUAUAGUCCCACAACUCAAAAUGUAUUAUUCGAUAAAGAUAAAAACACUCCAAAAUCAGAACGUCUAGACAUGCUAGAUACAUAGAUAGGGAACAGCGGAUAGCAAGAGAUAAGGAUUCGGAAGCUGGAAGCCAGCGUAGCUGAGAGCGGAAGCCAGCAACUCAAACGCUUUAAAAACAGGUGGCUGUAUGGAGACGAUUUCAAAACCUACAGUCAACCUGGAGUAAGUCCGUCUGCCUGAUGUUGCUUUAAAGGAGAUGAGCCACUCGGAUAACCGGGGACCAGCAAAUGAUAGCUUGUACUAUGGCAGCCAAUGAAAAGGACCUUCUUGAUGCACAACUGUCGCCAGCAAUGUACGCAUGCCUUUCCCAGUCAGGUGCAGGGCUUCUCAGGUGGCCAUCUCUAGCCAGGAACUGCUGGAGCACCUGCUUCAGCAGAUUUCGGGACCUCACCCCAGAGUUUUUGAUUUAGCAGACCCAGCGUGGGGCCUGGGAAUGAGGACUUCUGAUAAGCUCCCAGGUCUGGACCUCCAGUUAGAGUUAAUUUCUGCAGGGUUUCUAUAUCACCACCAAGGCAGGCAGAACAGAGGGACCCCUCCCCCCCGUUUUUUUCCUAAGGCCUCCUUUGAGAUUUUGAGUGGCAUCUCAGAGCUAAAAAAUAAUUUCUGAAGCCAAGGUGUGGGUAUGGGCGAGGCACGUUAUGACGCUAGCUUCAAGGGAAAAUUCUACCACAAUAUAUGUUAGGGGCCAUCUACUCGAUUCUGGCCUCCUUUCUAUGGGCUCAAACCUGACAAUUUAUUUUUAUUUUUAAACUGACAAAUAAAAAUCGUGUACAUUGAUGGCAUGCAACAUGAUGUUUAGACAUAUAUAUGUGUGUACCUCGUGGAAUGACUGAAUCAAGCUAAUUAGAAUUACUUCAUGUAUGAGGAGUGCAAGUCAAAAAUGUUCAUGGAAAUAGAUUUAUAAGAUAAAUUCAUUUUGGUGCCAAUUUUUUUUGAGGUCCAUGCAUACCAGGGGUCUUCCAGAGGUCCUUGAAAAAUGCAUGGGGUGGAAAAAAAAACUAUGCAUGGAUUUUUGCAGCAAAAUGGAUGGGACUGGAAGCCGUUAGGUGACAUAAAAGAAGCCAGACCAAAGUACAAAUAUUGUGAGUUCUCCCUCACAUGGGGCCGUUAAAAAUAGUUGCUCUGAACUUAGAAGAAUAAUUACUGGAGGCUGAAAAGGAUGAGGGGGCAGAUAGAAGUAAUAAGUUGGAGUGUUUAAUAGCAGUUCGCAAUGAUGUUUACACACUGAAGAACAGGCAGAGAGAAGCUUGUGGGUCCCAAACAUAAAGUAAGGGAAUGGAAAUUACAACAUCCUGAUUUGGUCAGUUUAUGCUGUAUACAUACGUUGAAAUUUUACAUUGUACCACUGUAAAAGUAUAAGUACGACAUGUUACUAAGAUGAUUUUUCUGUCACAAUAAAAUUAUUUUUAAUGCAA